AUGUGCAAUGCAUUUAUUUAUAUAGUGUUUCUCAAACCAGAAAGCACUCAUUUAAUCGACAGCCUUAGCCAGUGCUACUGGGGAUGUGCUUAUAGGCUGUCAAUGAUAUUUCGGGAAAGUAACUUAAUGUUUUCUCUAGAGUGUUUGAAGCUUGAAGAGCUUGGCAAAAACUGGAAGGCAACUGACUGCAGUGAUCAGUUAGGGCAUUCAUCAGAGCUUUGGGAGAUUGCCAGCUGCUUGCACUUGCUGAAUUUUUGGCUAUUUCCUGGAGAUGAAGAGGGAAAUCAAGAUGAAUCACUGGAAUCAAAGACUUUAUCUGCAGAGGACCAAGUAAAGGACCAUUCCACAGGAACUCGAGUGGUAGCAGGUCAGAUCUUCCUUGAAUCAGGGAAAUCAGACUCUCAAUCGGAGGAUGAAGAGAACUUUCACAGUCAAGAGGAGGGAAAAGAGAAUUUGCUGGAAGAGUUGAAUUCUAUAGAAAUGUCAAAUCUAUUAAAUAAGAAUUUGGAAGAAGCGGAAAUACAGAGUCCAGUUUUGACAGCUAUUGGAGGCACUGCAGAUGGUGAACCUUGCCACUUUCCCUUUUUGUUUAUGGAGAAGGAGUAUGCAGAAUGCACUGCAGACGGGAGGGAAGAUGGCAGGCUUUGGUGUGCAACUACCUAUGAUUAUAAGAAAGAUCAAAAGUGGGGUUUCUGUGAAACUGAAGAGCAGUCUAAUAAGAGAAGGCAGAUGCAAGAAGCUGAGGAUGUUUAUCAGACUGGAAUGAAAAUCCUUAAUGAAAGCAGUAAAAAGGCUCAGAAGAAAGAAGCAUAUCAGUAUCUUCUGAGAGCAGCUGACAUGAAUCAUACCAAGGCAAUGGAGAAAGUGUCUUACGCUUUGUUGUUUGGGGAUUACCUGAAGCAGAACAUCCAGUCAUCAAAAGAGCUAUUUGAAAAACUAACAGAAGAAGGUUCUCCUAAAGGACAAAUGGCUCUUGGAUUUCUAUAUGCGUCUGGUCUAGGAGUCAAUUCUAGUCAAGCUAAGGCCCUGGUGUAUUACACUUUUGGAGCAUUAGGAGGAAAUCUGAUUGCCCAUAUGAUCUUGGGUUACCGGUACUGGGCUGGAAUAGGAGUCCUUCAGAGUUGUGAAUCUGCUCUCACUCACUACCGACUUGUAGCUAAUCACGUUGCUAGUGAUAUUUCAUUGACUGGUGGCACAGUGGUUCAGCGAAUUCGCUUAGCAGAUGAAGUAGAAAAUCCAGGAAUGGCAAGUGGAAUGCUAGAAGAAGACUUGAUUCAGUAUUACCAGUUUUUAGCAGAGAAAGGAGAUGUACAAGCACAGGUUGGCCUUGGACAGUUGCACUUGCACGGAGGAAGAGGAGUAGAGCAAAAUCAUCAGCGAGCAUUUGAGUACUUCAAUCAAGCAGCUAAUGCUGGCAAUUCACAUGCCAUGGCCUUUCUAGGAAAGAUGUACUCAGAAGGAAGUGAUGUUGUACCUCAGAGCAACGAAACAGCUCUUCAGUAUUUCAAGAAAGCUGCUGAUAUGGGUAAUCCGGUUGGACAGAGUGGAUUAGGAAUGGCUUACCUCUACGGAAGAGGUGUUCCAGUGAACUACGAGCUAGCACUGAAGUAUUUCCAGAAGGCUGCAGAACAAGGAUGGGUUGAUGGACAACUUCAGCUAGGUUCCAUGUAUUACAAUGGCAUUGGAGUCAAGAGAGACUAUAAGCAAGCUUUGAAAUAUUUUAACUUGGCCUCCCAGGGUGGCCACAUUCUGGCCUUUUAUAAUCUGGCUCAGAUGCAUGCUACUGGCACUGGAGUGAUGCGAUCCUGUCAUACUGCUGUUGAGUUGUUCAAGAAUGUAUGUGAACGGGGGAGGUGGUCUGAAAGACUGAUGACUGCCUACAACAGCUAUAAAGAUGGUGAUUCAAAUUCUGCUGUCGUUCAGUAUCUUCUUCUGGCAGAACAAGGCUAUGAAGUUGCACAAAGCAAUGCUGCUUUCAUACUUGAUCAGAAAGAAGCUAGCAUAGUAGGAGAAAACGAAACCUAUCCUCGAGCUUUGCUUCACUGGAAUAGAGCAGCUUCUCAAGGAUAUACUGUUGCAAGAAUUAAACUUGGAGAUUACCAUUUUUAUGGGUUUGGUACUGAUGUUGAUUAUGAAACUGCAUUUAUUCACUAUCGACUGGCAUCAGAGCAACAGCACAGUGCCCAAGCAAUGUUUAAUCUGGGCUACAUGCAUGAGAAGGGAUUGGGCAUCAAGCAGGAUAUUCAUCUUGCAAAACGAUUCUAUGACAUGGCAGCUGAAGCAAGCCCAGAUGCUCAGGUUCCAGUCUUCCUAGCACUUUGCAAGCUUGGAGUGAUUUAUUCCUUGCAGUAUGUACGAGAAAUCAAU